CCACUGCGUCAUAUUCGACAGAAUGUCAAUUCGUCUUAUUUGUGAAAACUUUAUUCAGUAAAUGAUUUUAAAAAGAAAUCUUUUUUCAGUUUUAAAACAUAACUCAAAAGGGCUUUGUCUAAAUACUGAAAUAUCGGAUAUAUCCCAAUUAAAAGAAUACGGUCAUGUUUUGCGAGAAUUGAAAUUCCCAAAUUUAUAUACCAAGCCCAGACAAGCCUGGAUUCAGACAUUGAAAAGUAUAGAAGACCAAAAAUUAGGCAUAAUUGACUUACAUCCUGACAUUUUUGCCACCAUACCUAGAUUAGAUUUGAUAAAAAUUAAUACAAACUGGCAAGAAAACUAUAGGAAUAUAAGUUUUAAGAAUGCAUUAGCAAUCCAUGAAGUUCCUGGAUCUUUUAAAAAGCCUUGGCCUCAAAAAGGAACUGGACGGGCUAGAGCUGGCAAUAGGAAAGGGAAUAUAUGGCAUAAAGGGGGAACAGCACAUGGUCCAAGAGCUCCAAAAUCAUAUUUUAGAAUGGAAGAUUUUGGAAAAAGACUCAAGGGUCUUUGUAGUACAUUGACUGUUAAAUUUGCUCAAGACGACAUACAUAUUGUGGACGAUUUAGAGAUACCCACGGAUGAUCCUGACUUUUUGCAAAAAGUGAUUGAUGAGAGAGAUUGGGGUCUUUCCGUUUUAUUCGUUGACAAUACCGAUUACAUGCCCAAAAAUAUUGCCUAUGCCUGCCAUAAUAUUCCUCAAUUUAAUUUAUUACCUGUAUAUGGAUUAAAUAUUUUGAUGAUGCUAAAAUAUGAAGGCAUUGUUUUCACUAGAUCCGCAUUGGAAGAGUUGGAAAAUAAAUUGUUAUUUCACAUGCAUAAAGAAGGCCUUUCAAAUGUUAAAUAUGAACCGAGAGAUAUAAGUGGCAAAAAAGAUUGAUUAAACUACUUCACCAUUAAAUAUUUUAAUAGGUUUUAUCAGCCUUGAAAACUGUCGUUAUUAUGUGAAAAUUAAUAUUUUGUGUCAAUUAUCAUAAAAUUAUAUUUCAAAAUUAAAAAAGGUGAUGGUGGUACAUUAUUUUUGUCAAAAGAUAUUUUUUUUGUCGAUCAAGAGCAUUUGAAGGCAGGUUUUAUAAGAUUGUAAAGAGGCUGUUUUUUAUUUCUUCAGUAAUUAAAAAAAUAUUUUAUCAGUGUAA